AUGCGGUCAUCUCAAACAGUUCUUUCUUGGUCGCUUCUGCUGGCAUCCCUCGGGGGCGUGCAGGCGAAGCUUGACUUGAAGUCUAGCAAGAACGUUGUUGUUUAUUGGGGACAGAACUCCCUAGAAAAUUCUUCCAAGGGCAAGAAGGUUGAGAGCCAAAAGCCUCUAUCUUACUACUGUGACAAUGAGGACAUUGAUGUCAUCCCGAUGGCCUUUGAUAUGAUGGUCAAUGGCCCUGGAGGCGCACCCGAGAUUGACUUCGCGAAUAGCAGCGGGGACUGCGAGGUGUUCGAGGGAACGCAGCUUAAAAACUGCCCCAGCAUUGGGAAGGACAUCACGACCUGCCAAAAGAAGGGCAAGACAAUUCUUCUCUCCAUCGGAGGUGCCACAUACAGUGAGGGUGGCUUCAAGUCCGAGGCAGAUGCCAAAGAUGGCGCCAAGUUGAUGUGGGAAACCUUUGGUCCCAAGCAAGAAGGCUCCGAUGCUCUUCGUCCCUUCGGCGACGCUGCCUUGAACGGAUUCGAUUUCGACUUCGAGGCCAACGUCCAGCACAUGGCUCCUUUCGCCAACGAGCUCCGUUCCCUGAUUGAGGCUGAUAAAAGUGGCCAGGACUUCUUCCUGACUGCUGCACCUCAAUGCCCUUACCCCGACCAGGCCGACAAGGAGAUCCUCAACGGCCCUGUCUAUAUCGACGCCAUCUGGGUCCAGUUCUACAACAACUAUUGCGGUGUUAACGCCUACAGCGCCGAGAGCUCCGCCAACCAGUACAACUUCGAGGAGUGGGACAACUGGGCUCACACGGUCUCGAAGAACAAGGACGUCAAGGUUAUCCUCGGAGUUCCAGCCGACACCACCGCGGCCAGCACUGGAUACAUCCCCUCCUCGGAGCUGGCCAAGGUCAUCGAGUACUCGAAGAAAUUCGACAGUUUUGGAGGAGUGAUGAUGUGGGAUGCCACACAAGCGUACGGCAACGGCGCCUUUAUUAAGGACGUGCGAAAGGCCCUGGGAGGCGCUGAUGAUACCGGUUCGUCGUCGUCCAGUUCGGCGUCGACCUCGGCGCCUUCUUCUUCGUCCACUGACUCAUCGAAUACCUCGUCAUCUACCAAUGCACCCGGUUCCUCACCCUCAUCUUCCUCCUCCUCUGCUGCUUUCUCAUCGUCCAGUGGUCCUGAGCCCACUUCCACUGAGACCAAGCCGCCAGUCACAACAACCAGCACCAGCACCAGCAGCGCUACCGAGACAGAGCCGACUACCACCGCACCCCCUGCGACAACCGCUCCCCCCGCGACUACUGCUCCGCCUGCAGCUGCCCCGACUUCUACCGAGGAACCACCUGCUCCCGCAACCACCACCAGCACUCCGCCGCCCAGCAACGCGUCCGGUGACACCGAUGACACUGAAGAUGACUCCGAUGACUUGGUCUCCAACAUUCUUGGCAACGACCUUAUCGGACUCUUGGGUGGUCUUCGCGCGGCUAACAGUGCGACUCAUCGCGUUACUCACAGUCUUGCCCAUAGCCUGGACCCCAAGGUUAUGGGUCGCGUGGGACCUAAAUCGGAAAUGCACCAAAUGGGACCUCAGCAAAUUGGCCUCAAAAAGAUGGGGCCUAACAGUAAUCUACGACGUGCUUUGCGAAACCGCGAUUAA